CGUAGGGCCCUACUUUUUUUUUCUUGCUCCAUUUUACCGGUUCUCUGCUCCAUCGAUUUGCUUCCCUCUUUUCGAUCUAUUCAUCAAAUCUCACCUACCGCCUCGAAUCUACUCGUUGGACGUUUCGAAUCCGAACGUCCGCAACUAAGCUUCGUUGGAUCUAUAGAUCUGAGCGGCGCUGCGAGGUUUCUCUCUUCCACGAAAAGAAAUGGCGACGAUGAAGAGUUUGAUAGGUCUGAUUAACAAAAUCCAGAGAGCUUGCACUGUCCUCGGAGAUCACGGCGGUGAAGGAAUGUCGCUUUGGGAAGCUCUCCCAACCGUCGCUGUCGUUGGUGGCCAGAGCUCCGGGAAAUCUUCAGUUCUGGAAAGUGUCGUAGGAAGAGAUUUUCUACCUCGUGGAUCUGGUAUUGUUACGAGAAGGCCAUUGGUGUUGCAGCUUCAUAAGACCGAUGAAGGAACAACAGAGUAUGCCGAGUUUCUUCAUGAUCCUAGGAAGAGGUUUACUGAUUUUGCUGCUGUGCGUAAGGAAAUCGAGGAUGAAACUGAUCGUAUUACUGGGAAGUCCAAACAAAUCUCAAACAAACCGAUUCAGCUCAGCAUUUAUUCUCCUAAUGUUGUUAAUCUGACGCUCAUAGAUCUUCCGGGGUUGACCAAGGUUGCUGUAGAGGGACAACCGGAUAGUAUCGUCCAGGACAUUGAAAAUAUGGUCCGCUCUUAUGUUGAGAAGCCAAAUUGCAUCAUAUUGGCUAUUUCUCCAGCUAAUCAAGAUAUUGCUACCUCAGACGCAAUAAAACUUGCUAGAGAAGUUGAUCCUACAGGUGAAAGGACAUUUGGAGUGGCAACCAAGCUUGAUAUCAUGGAUAAAGGAACUGAUUGUCUAGAUGUUCUUGAGGGAAGGUCAUACCGUUUGCAACAUCCCUGGGUCGGAAUUGUGAAUCGUUCACAGGCUGAUAUCAAUAAGAGAGUCGAUAUGAUUGCUGCGCGUAGGAAAGAGCGUGAAUAUUUUGAAACAAGCCCUGAAUACGGGCAUUUGGCCAGUAGAAUGGGAUCAGAAUAUCUAGCAAAACUCUUGUCUCAGCACUUAGAGACUGUCAUCAGGCAGAAAAUCCCCAGUAUUGUUGCUUUAAUCAACAAAAGCAUCGAUGAGAUAAAUGCAGAGCUGGACAGGAUUGGGAGACCCAUCGCUGUAGAUUCAGGGGCCCGACUUUACACCAUUUUGGAACUCUGUCGGGCAUUUGACCGUGUCUUUAAAGAGCACUUGGAUGGAGGACGACCUGGUGGAGACCGGAUCUAUGGAGUUUUUGACCAUCAAUUACCAGCAGCCUUAAAGAAACUUCCCUUUGAUCGACAUCUCUCUACCAGAAAUGUUCAGAAGGUUGUUUCAGAAGCAGAUGGUUACCAGCCACAUCUUAUUGCUCCUGAACAAGGAUACAGAAGGCUCAUUGAUGGUUCCAUUAGCUAUUUCAAAGGACCAGCAGAAGCCACCGUCGAUGCAGUGCAUUUUGUACUGAAAGAGCUGGUCAGAAAGUCGAUUUCAGAAACAGAGGAGCUGAAGCGGUUCCCAACUCUAGCAAGUGACAUAGCAGCUGCUGCAAACGAAGCUCUCGAAAGAUUCAGAGACGAAAGCAGGAAAACGGUUCUGCGUCUGGUGGACAUGGAAUCAAGCUACCUCACGGUUGAGUUCUUCAGAAAACUUCACCUUGAACCCGAGAAAGAGAAACCAAACCCGAAAAAUGCCCCACCACAAAACGCCGACAUCCACUCCGAUAAUCACUUCAGAAAGAUCGGAUCCAACGUGAGUGCGUACAUAAAUAUGGUCUGUGAUACAUUGAGAAUCUCUCUUCCCAAAGCUGUUGUUUACUGCCAAGUUAGAGAAGCUAAGAGAUCGCUCCUCAACUUCUUCUACGCUCAAGUCGGCAGGAAAGAGAAGGAGAAGCUUGGGGGGAUGUUGGACGAAGACCCACAACUAAUGGAACGAAGAGGAACCUUAGCCAAACGGCUCGAGCUUUACAAACAAGCAAGAGAUGACAUCGAUGCUGUGGCUUGGAAGUAAGGUGUGAUCAAAAGGAAUAUUCUUUAUAUCUUUAAUUCCUUUUGCUCGUGUGAGCACUACUGUAUUAUUACUAGAUAUGUUGGAAGUUCUAACCUUCAAUCCAUUGCUGCACGUGCACACACGUUAACUCAUAUUGUAUUCGGUCGCUGAUGUCUAUCUCCUACUUUUUGGUGUGUAUCUUCGAUUCUUGAGUACUGUUUUAGAACGAUUAAGUCA